UUUUUUUCGACUUUAUUUCGCGCGACGCUUCGCGCGUGUAUUCUCGCGUGUCUCCCUCUUGGUCACAUGACAAUAAAUCCAAAAUGGAAGUUAUAUCUCGUGUCAUCAAAAUUCAGCUUCCAAACUAUCUCAGAUCACUGCCAAUCCCUUCCACAUUUGGGGGAUUUCUAAAGCUCUCUGGUAGCGAGUGGGUGCAGCUUGUACCAUUUGUGGUGACGACCUCUGUCGUUGUGUACCUGGUAAUUUCAGCGCUUGUGCCCUCGAAGCCUAAGAAAGAAGAGGAGUGGGUGAACAAAACACAUCAAAAAGAAAAGGAAAAAGUAGCGGAUGCGUUUCAAAUUGAAGACCUGGGAGACAAGAGUGUUUUCUGUCGUUGCUGGAAAUCAAAAAAGUUUCCGUACUGUGAUGGCAGCCACAAUCAGCAUAACAAGGAAACUGGCGAUAAUGUGGGGCCUGUUAUUUUUAAGAGAGCAAACCCAUCUUCUUAAAUGGCAUUUUGGGCCUCUUGAUAUCAAAGUGUGAUUUGUUUGGUUAUGAACACAGUGAACAGUUUUAUCUUUUUUUGUCAACACUUGGCAUCUUGGUAUGCUCAAGGAUACCACAUGUAAUUAAUGCAGCGCAGUCCCUGUGUAAACUGCUUUUCAUGAUAAUAUUGUAAUUCAGCAAUCACUACUGGUAAUUGUAUAAUAAGCUAGGCUCAAAAUUCAUUUUGGCGCUUGUUGAGAAACAACAGCAGCAGUUACUUACCAUAAUUAUUGAAAGUACUGACUUACUGUUGAACACUAUAACCAAGAAAAACUUUGAUAAUUAGUGGGGAUGCAUUUUACUUUUCACUAUCUAGAUGUCUUUCAAAAUUAAAAUUGAUGUAUUUCAAAUCAUGAAUCAAUUAUUUUUAUUUGCACUUUAUACAUUGGAUGAUGUUGGCUGCUUUUAAAAUUAUUGUGUGUAUUUGGGUAGUCCAAAAUCUGCAAUAACAGAGGUUUAUAAAUGUGCCUGACCAAUGAAAUACUCAACAAGGCUUAUCUUUCAAGCUAACAAAGGGUCGAGGGCUGAGUGAGAGUGAAAAAGCCAAAAAUAUCCACAGCUGAUAAACAAUCUGUAGGGGAAGCAGAGGUGAAUUAAAGGUCAUAUUUUUUACUGGGGAUGAGUCAACCUCGUUUCCAGGGCUUAUCCAUCAGUCAGGUGUGAGUUAACCUGUGAUUAGGUGUUCUUUUUUAACAGCAGGAGGAAGGAGAACUUCUGCCCACAUUCGACGAAAAAUAAAAAGUAAAAAAAGAA